CGCGGUUGGAAGUUGCACCGUGACGUGGUCAGAUCGGAUGAUAGAAUUUUGAUCCUACUCCACUCCAGGACUAUGCCAAUUUAUGGCCAUGCUCCCAACAGCAGGUCACCUCCUGUCCCUCCUGCUGAUGAUAGGCACAGGGGGUACUGUGCCCAGCCCCCUGGUGCCUCCCCGGGGCUGCUACGUGGCAAAGGAAGCAGGUGAACAGACGUUCCGCUGCAGCCAGGCAGGUCUGAGGACUGUGCCCUCUGGCAUCCCCAACAACACCCGCAAGCUCUACCUCGAUGCCAACCAGCUGGCAUCUGUGCCUGCUGGUGCCUUCCAGAACCUGCCUGUCCUAGAGGAGCUGGAUCUGUCCCAUAAUGCCCUUGCCCACCUCUCAGGGGCGGCUUUCCAGGGCCUGGAGGGCACGCUGCGCCACCUCGACCUCUCUGCCAACCAGCUGGCCUCGGUGCCCGUGGAGGCCUUUGUGGGACUACAGAUCCAAGUGAACCUAUCCGCCAACCCAUGGCACUGCGACUGCGCCCUCCAGGAAGUGCUCCAGCAGGUGAGGCUGGCACCAGGCACUGGGACAGGCAUCGUGUGUGGCCCAGGAGCCCGACCGGACCUCGUGGGGCAGGAGUUCCUGCUGCUGGCAGGGGAGGAAGAGCUGUGUGGGGCAGGGUGGGGCGGGGCCCGGAGGAGCACCGAUGUGGCCCUGCUGGUCACCAUGGGGGGCUGGCUGACACUCGUGGUGGCUUAUCUGGUGCGUUAUGUGUGGCAGAACCGAGAUGAGACCCGGCGCUCCCUCAAGCGGGCCCCAGUGCUGCCCGUGCGUUCUGAGGAUUCCUCCAUCCUCAGCACAGUGGUCUGAUGACCCAGGAUGCUCCUCCAGUCACACCCCACACUCCUACCCCUAUGCCCUCUCCUCUGACCCCCUCUGCCUCCUGUGCAGCUUCACCCCUGCCCCCAAGCCCAUCCCACCCCUCCCUCCUUUAUUCCCUCUAAAUACCUGCGCUGGCUCUCUCUCUCUCUCUCUGUGUCAUCUUAACCAACACCAUCUUUGGUGCCUAGAGUUUUUUGGUGCCUACUCUGUGCCUGGAUUGUGCUAGACUCAGAAAACCCACAACAGAGAAUGACAGCAGGUGGGGUGGGAGCAAGAGAGGAGGGGCUGUGGGGAGCAGGUUGAGGAGGGAGCCUGCACCUGGCCCCGGGCAAUUUCAAAGACUUCGCUGUAGGAUGUUUGAACUGAUUCUUUUCUUCUCUUUCUUUUUUUCUUUGAGAUGGAGUCUUGCUGUGUCGCCAGACUGGAGUGCAGUGGUAG